CAAAAGCUGUAUAAAUAUUGUCCAGGGGAUUUUUAAAAACGUUUUUAUGUUGUAAAUGAAUUAUCUAAAGGUUAAGAGAAUUAUUUUAGCGGUUGUUACAUUUACAAAGUUUGUGAAACGUUUGUUUGUUGUCGCUAACAACCACUUCCGCACUGGAGUAUGGCAUCAGACGGACUAAGUGUGCCUUCAGGUCCACAUGAGGACCAGACAGAUGAUGGGACCCACUCCAGUCCAGAGGCAGGGGUCCCCGCUGAGCCCAACAGGGACAAAGACACCACAGCAGAGUCAGUAAAACGAGACCAGGUUGAAGUCAGCGUGUGCCAGUUUUUCCUGAUGGGAAAGUGUCAUUUUGGCCACAGAUGCCGUUUGUCUCACAGUGACCCAUCACUAGAUGAUUCAGGGGCUGUAUCUCCUGACGAGGAUGACAAAGUCGAUCGAGAAAAGAUGGAAAAACACAAGAAGAAAGUAAACGAAGCAACAAAGCCAAAAUAUGAGGCAAAAGAUGUGAACAAAAAGCCUCGCAUGCGCACAGCAGAUGAUGUUAUCUCUCGGAUCCUAUGGGACCCGUCAGUGGAUGCAUCAGAGUUUGUAGUGGGAUACGUGGAUCGUUUCCUUGGCGUGCUGGAGCGUCCCUUCAAUGACUUCAAUUGGGACACCAACCCCUGUGACUGUGAUUACACUGUUGAGCUGGCCCUGCCGAGACAUAGGCUCCAGUACUUCACCUACAGAGGGCACCGCGUCUGGGACCGCCACAGCAGGACCGACAGGGUGUUUGGCUCUACCGGUCAAUCUCUGGCUCCCCCCUUUGGAGGGGAGGAGGAAGUAAAGGAAAUAAACACAGAGGACCAAGAGCAACAACAAGACCUCCCUCAACCAACAGAAGAGCGGCCACCUGCUGUCCGUGGGCAGGAAGAGAAUGAAACAGAGGACUGUACUCAUACCGGGAACACACAUCUGGAGGGAGAGAAGCCAAGUGAAAUGACUAUUCACACCCUGGAUUCAACACAAGCUCCAAAGUGUAAAGGAAACACUUCUCAGGAACAACAACAAGCACAAGGAGCAUGUGUUACAGAGGAUGCUGCAGUCAGACUCAAGGCUUCAACAGACCAGACAUCCUCGCUGCAAAAAGAGGGAGCAGGCGUUAAAGAGGAGGCUGAGGAAGAGACUUUGGCAGAAUGGCAAGAAAUCUGGGAAGGCAAUGAAGACGCCUCGACUGGUCUCGGAGCCCAGAACAUCAGCCAGAGUGGUCCACCUCUGGAGCAGAGAGAGAAGUGUGGUGGUCGCCCCCCUAAGAAGCGACCCACGCACUUCAUCACCUUCAAGGCAAACACUCCUGCUAUCCUCUCCUGUUUCCAGCAGCUGCAGGAAGAGCUCACCUCCCUUCUACCCUCCUCUGCCCCUCACUGGCAGACCUCCUCCAGCCUUCAUGUCACCCUGUGCCUCCUGGUGCUGGCCGGCCCAGCUGAGGUAGCCGCUGCCGGGGAGGUCCUCCGACGGUUUGCCUAUUUGGAUCGCAACCCCCCGGUGGCUCUGACCUUCCCUCUGAAGCUGAAACAUUUCAACGGGAAGGUGCUGUACCUGAGCCCCCAGCCUCAGCUUCACCUCCAGCAGCUCAACAGCGGCUUGCAGGAGGCCUACAGGCAGGAGGGCUGGCUCCACAGGGACUCCUACAACCCCCGCUACCACCUCACACUGGCCAAGGUAGAGGGCGGGGAGGGAGACAGGAUUUUUGAAGGGGUUGGGGACCUGAAGGUGGGGAAGGGUUUAAAUUUUGGCCGUCUGCCUGUAAACACCUUACACCUUUGUGCCAUGGGUGUUCCCAAAGUAGACGGUUUUUAUGAGUCCGUGUGCACAGUAAAUCUUCGAUGAUUGAAGAGCGUGGCAUUUCAUGUGCACACACUACAUACGUGUAUGUUGAUACUUUAGAGAUAUGACUGGGUUCAAUACCUCUGACAUUUGCACAAGCCACGUGGCCUUAUCAACCAAAUAUGAUGUCUGUGUUUUAUGAAGUUAAUUAUAAGAUGCACUUUUUAUAGGAAUGCCUAAAGAGAGUUAAAUGUAUCGUGAUGCAGCACAAUGGCAAACACACUACGUUCAGUUAUACUAAACUGCAAGAUGCAAAAGGAUACAAUGGUCCCACUACACUUGAUUUUACAUUUUGAUUAAAAAUAUGUAUUUUCUUGGGCGCCCGGUUAGCUCAGUGCCCCCUUUCCCGUCUUCAGCUGUCACUAACAUAAAGGCAAUAAAAGCCAAAAAAAAUACUUAAAAAAAAAAAAUAAAAUAUGUAUUUUCCUCAAUUAAUGCAUUUUAUUCCGUUACAUUGUGUGUUAUAUUGAUAGACAUGAAUGUAGUCUACACAAAUUACAAGGAAUUCAUAAUGAUAAAAUACACCUAUAACUAAAAGCACAGGUGGUUGCUUUCUGUGGUUGAAUAGAAGAAUAUAAAAUCAGAUUUAGUGAAAUACAUUAAUUGCACUCGUGAAGUCUAGUUUGCAUGUUAUCGUGCAGACUUUCUUCUUUCAUCCUCCUCUAAAUACACUGUAAAGCCUGCAAUUGCUAAAUGAAACGCUUCAAAAUUAUAUUAUUAAAAAACAUUAUCAAAUAGUCGAUUGAAAGUACAAAUAUACAAUAGUACAUUAUUGCACUUGUGAAGUCUAUUUUUAGUCUUCUUAUUUGUUGGCUUGAUUCUGAUUUAUUGGUGUAAAAAUUCACUAUAAAGUCCGCAAUUGUUAAAUGAAAUGCAUUUCAAAACGAAAAAUAUUAAUCGAAUAGUUGACGAAGAAAAUUUAUAGGCAACUGUUUGUGUUUGAGUAUAAAUCACAGAAAACUGUCAGUGUGAGAUCUCCUGCUGUAGUUGUAUGAAAUCUGCCUUCAGGAGACUCAUGCAGAGUAGAAUACCUACUUUAUUAAAAUAAUAAAUAAUCUUCUAAUGCCUUCAGCAGACAUUUUUUCCUCCAUUUAUCUGAUGUAGAGCUGCACGAUAUUGUAAAACCAUCAUAUUGCCAUUAUCUUUGACAGAUAUUGCAAUAUGAUUCACAAUUAGUGGAAAUGCAUCAAAAUUUUAAUUUUCACUUCAGAAAAUAUUACAGCCACAGUCAUAUGACAUUUAUUAGGAUUUGUACCAAACAAACAUUUCUUUUAUCUGGAGAGCAGGAUUUGUAGGCCACAGUACUUCAAUAUAAAACUGUUUUUACACAUUU